UAGUUUUCAAAAGAACGUUUUAGAAAAAAAAAUUUGCUCAUACUUAAAUUUGAUGUGUUAAUGUAAUAUUUGAAUUGUGGGAAGAACCUUUAUAACCGAGGUCAACAAAGACAUGGUUAAGUAAGCACUGUCAAAUCCAUCCGCCAGAUCUCGUCUGCAGGUCUGUGGUACCAGACGAAAAUAAUAAUCGGGAUAUCUUUUUUAAAAAAAAUCUUCAUUUGGUGUCAAAAUAAAAUAUUUCGCCUCUGCAUUUGGAAUUAUAUUGUGGAACCUUCCGCCAUGGAAGGUAUCAAGUUAACGGCAUUACUCCUACUGGUAAUCGGGAUAUCGUCUGCUUUUGGCCAAGAGGAAGCAUGCGAAUAUGGAAAUAAGACAAUAGAACACAGAGGCUCUUUUCGUUCUGAUGACGGUUGCAAUACAUGCACGUGCACGGAUGGCAAAGUUGGGUGCACAGAGAAGGCUUGCAGACCGACAUGUGAAUAUGGAGAUAAGGAAUACGAACACGGCGACUCUUUUAAAUCUGAGGACGGUUGUAAUGAUUGCGGGUGCGACAAUGGCCAGGUCGUAUGCACAAAAAGAGCAUGCAUGGAGCCAUGCAACAUGAAAGAGUUCCGAGAAUGCUUCGUUAGGAUGACUGAGAUAACUUUCUACGAGAUGACUGGAUCUGACAAGCAAUGGAUAUGCAACGCUCGGGAAGCGGUGCAGUCAUGUGUAGAAAGAAAUAUACAGCAAUGCAAGAAGGAAAUAGGGUCGGUCAUGACUAUGGUCUUAAAACCAUAUGUCAGUAUGUUCAGGACCGUAGGGGAUAUAUUCUGCAAACGAGAUAUCACAGUUGGUAAGAAGGACAGGGAAAAUGUUAGGCGUGCCGGAGAGUGUAUCAUGGAUUUUGCCAGGGUAGCUGUCCACGGAUCUCUAAUUAGUACUUGCAGUCAAGCUCGAGCUUCCCUAGAGUGUGUAAAAGAAGCCACACAUAGUUGCUCUGACCGUAGCAGGAAUAUAUUCUCCAUGGUAACGAAUGUUUUUGAGAGCACUAUUUCUGUAUCCUGUAAGCCAGACACGUGUAACCUAGGCAUGGCGGAACAUUGCAUUGAGCAAGGAUAUAUUGCCCUAGCUACCCCUCUAUACAGAAACCAGGGAUCCAUGCUUUCAUGCAGCUGGUUGCGGUCAACAGUAGCAUGUGCAUUCAGCCACACCAUGGAUUGUGAAGAGCAGUACAGGGGAGAUAAUUCUGGUAUGAAGGAUGAUGAGAACAAGAAGGACAAUGGCAAGGAAAUUGAUGAAAAGGAUGAUGAAAUGGGAGGAGUGGAAUCAAGAGAGUCAGAAAAUUCUGACAGCAAUUCAAAAUUGAGAAAAUAUCUAGACUUUGUAAAAAAAUUGAAUGAAAAAUGGAGUAAAAGAGAAGAGGACAGAUCAGAUGGUGAAGGAGAAGAGGAAGAUUAUGAAGAGCCUGAUUCUGAUGAUCCAAUAUGUGGACAGCCAAAAGAGACAGGUCCUUGCCGUGCCGCCUUUCCUCGUUGGUUCUACAACUCUGAAACAAUGUCGUGUGAGUGGUUUACCUAUGGUGGUUGCCAGGGUAACAAAAACAACUUUGAAAGUCAAGAGGAUUGUGAAAGUAGAUGUUCUAUAUGUGUACAACCAAAAGUGACAGGACCUUGCAAAGCUGCCUUUCCUCGUUGGUUCUACAACACUACCACAAUGUCAUGUGAGGGGUUUACCUAUGGUGGUUGCCAGGGUAACAAAAACAACUUUGAAACUGAAGAGAAGUGUAAAGAACAGUGUAAAAGGAUGGAUGAUCAAUCCGGCAGAGAUGGGGAGGCCAAGGAAAUGAAAGAGGAAGACGAGCAAGAAAGGAGUGCAGGCCAACAGUCACUUGGAGAUAAGCUUGAAAUGAUAAAGAAAAAAGUUUAUCACUUGGUUAGAGGACUUGAAGGUAAACCAGACAACGGAGAAAGUAAAGAUCUACAUUACAUGCUUGAACAACUUGAAACUCAGGUGGAAAUGCUAAAACGUGAAAUUGCAAUAGCAAUGACAGGGUCAGAAGUUGAGAGAAACUUAAGGGGAAUAAGGAUGUUGGAAAAACAUGUGAAAGACUUCAUCGAAGAGAAUGAAAUGCAAAUGGAUGUUAGAGGAGAAGAUGCUGAAGAAAUGAAAGCUAAAAUUGGAGACAUGAAGAUGUAUUUGGAAACUGAAGUUAGCAAACAGAUGGAAGAGCUGAUGGACAGAUUUAAAAGUGUGAAGGAUUCAAUUAAAUUUCUGACAUCUAAAGAAGAUAGAUUCUGUAAAGAAGGUGCAGACAUGGACAUUGACGAUGUUCCCUCAGGACUGGAUGGUAUUUUUGUAAUUGGCAAUCUUCUGAAUAAUCCCUUUGUGAACAAGGAAAAGAUUUGCCGGCUGCAUGAAAAGAUUGUAAUGUCAAAUGAAAUGAUGGAUAUGAAUGAAGACAUUCCUGAAGAACUUGAACAUGAUAUAAAAGCCUCAUUUGAGUAUAUGGGGGUGAUUCUUGGGAAAAUGUGCAUGCCAGAAGAAGAAGAAGAAUGCGUGCCAGUUGAGGACCCAGAAGCCAAGUGCGAUGAUGAAGCGACCUUCAAAUGUCUGGUAACUACUGAAUUUGGCGCAGCUGUUCAAAUUGCACACAGAGAUAAAAUGUAUACUGGAGUCUGUGGAAUGGCUGAAGAUGCCCUGAAAUGUGUUAAAAGAAACACUGGCACUUGCAAAGAGGAUGAGAUGCCUGGAUCUGCUCGGCGUAUCAAAACUAUUAUUGACAAAUUGCUAGUCAAUGACGAAGGCGAAGCCAUUUGUACAUUUGAUCUUGGACCAGAGUGUGAGCCAGUUCCCAUGUGUGACCCCGCAGCUGCAGUAGAGCAAUGUUUUGAGAAGCCAGGUGAAUUAGAAGCGUUAGUGUUCUGUCAAGCUUUCAAAACAAAAACUUUACCCUGCGUCAAGGAGAAACUUGCAGCUUGUAGCCAUUCAGGGGAGGUAACUCUUGUUCAGCUUGUUAUGGAAAACUUUAUUGAAGAACAUGACCCUGACAACAACUGUGAAAUUGAUGUCAGCUUGAUGUAUGAUGAUGUGACUGAACCUGUAUCACAGUGCUCUGUACAGAUGAUGCAUGGAUUAAAGUAUGGUUUGAAGAAUCAGGAAACCUUCAACAAUGCAGUUUGUGUUGCCUUAGGUAGCUACCACGAAUGUAUCAAAGAUAAGGAGGGCCCCUACCUUUUGGACUACCUUGCAUCAACGCAUGAAGGCUUCUACACGAGUUUUUGGGAGAAAAAUUGUCGUUGGAUGGAAGACAUGGAUAGAGUACAGCCAGAUGUCACCCUUCCAGACCUGUCAGGUUGUGAUCUAAAUAAGGCUGUACAUGCAGUAGCCACAUUUUGGUACCAGACUUCAUCUUUGAUUGGAAUGCAUUGGGCCACUGACAUGUAUGCUGACUUUUGUAGGGAUGAUAAAAUCCAGGCUUUGGAAGAUCUCUUUUCAAAUGAGCUCGGAAGCACCUGCUCAGCACCAGCUGUUGAUCAUCUAAAGGGUGGUCUCCCUUUCUUAAUGACUUUUAGAGAUGAGUACUGUCCUUUGGAACCCAAAAUACCUGAAGGGAGCUGCUCUUUGGAAGGAGUGGAAAUGUGUAUUGCUCAUUUUGGACAGUUCAUGGCUCAGCAUUCACCUAGCGGUGAUGUUUGUGGUCGUCUGCAGCACGGAAUGGAAUGUAUUAUGAAAUACGCUAUUGACUGUGAUACAGAAAUUGAAGCUAAAAUUCAUACAGAAAUUGACUAUCUCCUGAGUGUAUCAGCUACAGAGAAAUGUGAGCGGCCAUCUUGGUGUAAACCUGAUCCCAUGGAAGAGGAGGAUGGGAAGGUAGAAGACAGAGAAAAAAGAGAGGUAGAAGAUAUGGAGGAUCAGGAAAAACUCGCUUUGAAUGAAGCAUUAGUCAACCUCACCUGUUCUGCUCCAAGAGUUUGUAAUCUCAGGUUUGAAAACUGCCUCAGAGAAACCCCAGAAGAAACAUGCGGAAAUGUCAGUGAAGUGAGAAGCUGUAUUGAAGCACAGUUGACUGAUUGUCCAAAUCCACUGAAGGUUGUUACUCGAACCCAUGUCAUGGCCUAUGUAUGGAUGCUUAAUAAAACAGGACAGAUUGAUGACCCAGACAGCUGUGAUCUUGUACCAGAUGCACUUACUGAUUUAGAUAGCCAGGAACUGAAUACAUGUGUAUCUCUGAUAGAAAAUAGAAAGAACGAAACAGGGAAUGUUUGUGGCGCUUUAAACAGAUACACUCAGUGCAUGAGAUCUGACUUAUCGAAUGAAGAAUUACCAAGUCUGUAUCUCAGUAUACUGUCUGUACAGAUUGAGAUAUUCCAGGGUUUCCACAGCGACUAUUGUACAACGGAAGAUCAAAAUGAGAUAGAUUGUGCACUUGUUAAAUGUGCAGCGCCUGAUUGUAACAAUGAUACCAUCACACCAAAAGGAACGUGUUGCCCUAUUUGCCGAUCAGUCUGUGCAUGCGUGAAGCCAGAUUGUGACAAUCCAGUUACACUAGAGAAUGAAUGCUGCCCAGUGUGCCCAGAAGAGGAAUGUCGGGAUCAUGAGAAGAUUGCUGAGAAUCUAAACUCCCUCCUCAGAAAUGUAGCGUUGAUGUCAUUCUAUCCUCUGGCCAACAGAGAAGGCAUUUGUAACAGAAAUAUAGAGAAGUUUGAUGAGACAGUAGAAAUGCUAGAGGGCUGCCCAGACAGCAGAAAAGAAAAGCUUCACAUAGCACUGAAGAUAAUUAAAGGACUGGUAGAUACCAUGGGCUUCUGCAGCAAAGAUCCUAUGCCACGUGAUUGUAAUAUUGAAACAACCAUGACGUGUGUCACUGAUUUGGCACAUUCAGUUUUGGAAGCUGAGAAAACUGGUUUCAAACAUACAAUGUGCUCGCAGUUGAACAGACAGGGCAUCUGUGUUGCAUCUAAUACAUUUGGAUGCAAGCCUGCUAUCAAGCAGAUACUGGAGAGGACUUACUGGAAUGUGCAAUCUAUCGUGUACAAAAAGUGUACCCCACCCCCUGAACCAGAGCCUAGCAUGCAGUGUAUGGCAGAAGAGGCCAAAGGGCGGCGAUGUGAGGUUAACAUGGCACAUCAAUGCAUGUAUAAAAUAUACACAGAUCUGACAUGCGACCAACCAUAUUGGAAAACAAUUUGCCCGAAUGUACCAUUCAUGUCCGCUUGUGUUGAGAGACAUCUCUAUGGCUGCAGUAUGGAACAGAAGAAUGUUGUCAUGGAGUUGGCAGACAAAUUGAAGUCAAGGGUCAGAGGUCAUUGUCCACAAGUCGAAUGUGACGUUUGUGGAGCAGAGAGAUGUAUGGCAGUAUUUGAUGACAGAAGUGAUGAUGAAUUUGACUGCAGAGAUGCAACGGAAGCACUGAGGUGUGUAAAACGUAAAACAGAACAUUGUGGAGAGGAACAUGCAGGUCACCUUUGGUCACGUGUGAAGUUGAUUUCACAGCAUGUCGAUCAAGUCUGUAUGAAUAAAGUGCAGUACUGUCUGAAUGAUUUUGAGGAAACCGCUUUGUCACUGAUGAUGUAUAAAGGUCCAACAUUUGAAAUGGAAAAGGAUGAAGAUGACGAUGAUGAUGAUGACAGCGAUGAUGACAGUGAUGAUGACUCUGAGAUGUCUGACAUGAGUGAGGAAGAGUCUGAGAGUUCAGGAUCAGGAGGUGCCAAAUCUGCAAAAAAGAGCAAAAGCUCAAAAGGCACCAAAUCUGCUAAAUCUAAAUCCAAAGAUGCUAAAUCCAAAUCUAAAUCCAAAGAUGCUAAAUCCAAAUCUAAAUCCAAAGAUGUCAAAUCUAAAUCCAAAGAUGCUAAAUCCAAAUCUAAAUCAAAAGAUGCUAAAUCUAAAUCCAAAGAUGCUAAAUCAAAAAGUGCUAAAUCCAACAGCUCAAAGGAAACUACAGCUUCUAAAUCCACGGAUUCUGCAGAUUCAGGUAAAAGCAAAGAUACAUACUGUGAUGUUAUUUCGUACGAGGAUGAACCAUGGUGGAAUGAAUAUUCUGACCUUUUUAUGGAAAUGGUUGGCGAAGGAAAGGAUGUGGCAGACAGAGAUGACGAUUCAAGUGAAAGUUCUGGAGAAUCUGGUAGCUCAUCAGCUAGAAGUAAAUCUUCUGGUAAAUCAAAGUCUGACAAAGAAUCCUCUGGCAAGUCAAAAUCAGGCAAAGAAUCCUCUGGCAAGUCAAAAGCUGGCAAUUCAAAAUCAGGCAAUGAAUCCUCUGGCAGUUCAAAAUCAAAAUCUGGCAAAGAAUCCCCUGGCAAGUCAAAUUCUGGCAAAGAAGCAUCGGGCAAAGGAAAGUCUUCUAAAGGAAAGUCUAGCAAAAGCGGAAAGAGUAGCCGUCAGUCAACUGAAGAGACAUAUGAUAUGGACAGGACCCCAAGAGAAGAGUGUGUAUAUAAACGGCCUGUGCCAUUGCACCCAGACUUAAACAAGCUGUGCAUGAAUUUAUAUAAAUAUUUACGCUGCGUUAAAAGUCACAUGUUCUUGUUGGAUGCAGGCAUUGAGGAAUCUGUGAGCAUCACCCUCUCACUUGGGGUGCAGAUUGCUAGCCAGAAGUGUAGAGCACUGCCGCUACAAUGCCACUCGUGCCGAAAGGCAAACAGCCAUGAGGAUUGUGAUGCUGAGAGAGAAAUGACUUGCCCGCCAAAUAAACAGUAUUGUAUCACAUCUGAAAAAUUUAAUGCUAAGGGUGAUCUUGUCAGCAUUUCUAAAGGAUGUGCAAAGCUAGAGCCAGAUUGUAGCGCCAACAACGGUAGGGAUAUUAGUUGCUGUACAACACCUUUCUGUAAUAAAGGAGCAUCAACGAAUGACACAGGUGACAUACCAGAACCACGUUGUAAUCCUUUCUCAAAGACAUACUGUGCACUGUCCAUGGCCUCGGGUCUAGUGAAGGCGCGACACAUGGAUUGCAGUAUGUUGUCAGAGUCCCUUGACUGUAUGAGCACAGUAGAUGAAGCCUGCAUGAGUUCAGAAGAAGCCCAAAUGAUCAAGGUGUAUACAAAGCGUCUCAGACAAACUCGUGCCUGGACGCGCUGUCUUGCGAAGGAACGUGCAUGUCAAUGUGGGGGACACACUGUAUUAGCUCUGAACUCCAUCUUUAAUCCGUAUAGCAGUAUGGAGACGGUUUGCAGGCAUUUUAAAUCUGCCUAUGAAAUAGCGAAGCAUAUCAACUGGAAUAAGUGUUCAAUGGAGGAACAUGAGUUUGUCAAAAUGAAUAUAGGGGUCGCUUACUCGAAGAUCAGUGGCAUGUGCCUGCCUAAAGAACCAGUUUGUCCUGAGGUUUCAAAACUCUCUGAUGAAGACAGAACUCAAUGUAGUUCAGAGAAAUUGUGCUCUGGUGACACAUCGUGCGAAGAGGGUCUGACAUGUUGUCGUUACGACUGUGGGGAAAUAUGCUUGAAAAUUGAAGACAAGACAGAAGAUUUGGACAAAGAAAAGGAAGGUUUCUGCCCUCUUGUCGAUAAAGAUGCAAUAGGAACAUGUCAAGUUGAGUGUAGUAAAGAUUCUGAAUGCAGUGGCACCAAGAAAUGCUGUAACAGUCCCUGUGGUUUUGGACAGUGCCGGGAUCCUCUGGAGGAAGACCCAGAUAAAGAAAAGGAAGGUUUCUGCCCUCUUGUUGAUAAAGAUGCAGUAGGAAUAUGUCAAGUUGAAUGUAGCAAAGAUUCUGAAUGUGAUGGCAAGAGGAAAUGCUGUGACAGCCCCUGUGGUUUUGGACAGUGCCGGGAUCCUGAGGAUGUUCAGCCAGUGUCUUGCAAAGAAGGUGUUGAAAAAGUUGCAUGUUUUGCAAGACCAUGUGACGUUAAGAAAUGUACCAACAUACCAAACGUUAAGUGUCUGGAUAACUACUGUGGAGGAUGCAAUGCACAGUUCAUACUGGAUGGUAAAGAUGUGACUUCAAUGUGUGACAAUAACCCGGAAGACCUUUGUGAUGUGGAGCUGGAUACUGGUACGGCAGAAGGAUGUGAAGAGAAUGUGACACAUCGGUAUUUCUUCAACUCAAGCACUUCAAAGUGUGAAAAGUUCAAUUUUACUGGUUGCGGGGGAAAUGCGAACAAUUUCGAAAGUCUACAAGUCUGCAAAAACACUUGUUCUCCAGUCUGCAGCCAGUCCAUAGAAGAAGAUGGGAAUUGCAAUUCAAAAAUUCAAUCAUGGGGCUUUAAAACUGAAACUGGAAUGUGUGAAGAAUUCAUGUAUGGAGGCUGUGGUGGCAAUAAAAACAGAUUCAAUUCACAAUGGGGUUGUCUUGAAAAGUGUAUUGGAGUUGACAAGAUGCAGGAAGAUUGCUCUAAGAUAGGAGAAAAACUCAUGAAUAUGACAGAGAACUGGAAAAUGAAUCUUAAGGUUCUACAUGAGGAUUUCAGAUGCAGGUUUGUCCACAAACAGAUCUUGCCAAAAGCAGAAAUGAUCUUGGAAAAAUGCUAUAUUGAAGACAAAAGGGAGGAGCUUAUGAACAAAUCUAAAGAAAUGCUUGAAUUUGAUUUGGCGAGUUGUGAAAUGGAGGAGGAGAACAACGAUGCAGAGGACAUGGAGAAGAAGUUUUGUCAUUCAUUUAAAAAUAUCAAAAAGACAUGUUUCAUGAAUAUUGAUGCUGAUAACUCAACACAAGAUCAUUGCGCAGAUCUAGAAACUGUGAAAGACUGUGUGGUUAACAUGACAGGAAGCUGUACCGUGUUUCAGAUGGCACCAAUUCGUGCCCACUUUAAAGUGAUCACAAAGAGUCUCAAUGACAGUGAAAUUGACUGUAAUAUUUCCCUUCCGGAAUCUCCAGAAAAUGGGUUACAGCAGGUCAAAAACUGUGUUGAUGCCUACUUGGAAACAUUCACUGCUGGGUUGGAGAACACUUUUAUUCCACUAGGGGAAACUGAAGAGAUGUGUUCGGCUACAAGUCAAUUCCGAAAAUGCAUAUACGGACUUGGAAAACUUCCUGUCAAACACAUUUUUAGCAAUAUGGUUGACAUUGCAACUAAGUUACAUCUAGACCUAUGCAAAGGUGUUUCUGAAAUUGAAACACCGGAGACAGAAACACCUAUACGAUGUUACACCUGUCAUAAAGAACAAGACAAUGAUGAGUGUAAUAAACACAAUAUAACCUGUCCGUUCAAUAAACAGUCAUGCUUCACAGAAUUCGUGCUUAAGAACAACAAGACAUCAAUAACAAAGAAAUGCAUAACACCGACGUCUGCUAAGACAGUGAAGAAUGAAUGUAAGCUAGGAUCCCAGAUACGUUGUCAGUAUACAUGCAGUGAUGAUAUGUGUAACCUGGAACAACAUUAUAUAGAGGAAGAGGAACCAUCUAAAAGAAGGAAACGUCAAGAAAAUGAACCUGAUGUUGAUGAACCUGAAAGCUGCAAGUAUAAAGAAAUUGGAAACAUGGCAGGAGAGAAUAUUCAGGGAUUGUUUGGGUUGCAGUUUAAACAUAUUGAAGAUUACAUGGAAUUCUGCAGUGCCAGGGAAGCAACUGCUUUAAAAGUGAUGGAAUACAAGGCUAAUUGCUCCAGUAGUAUGACGGAACGAAUUGAAGCCAUUUCUCAGUGUUUCACAGCACUUUCAGACAUGUCUUGUCCUCAGCCAAUCAGAGACAUGGAGAAGGAACAAGAAAAAGGAAAGGAGGAGGAAGGGGAGGAGCCAGAGGAAGAGGAGGAGUCAACUUGUAAUUGGCAGAAGUGUUUCAAGCCAAUUUUACGCUACUCUAGAACAGUUGGUUUAGACCCUGAAUGCAUGCAUAUCAAGAGAGCAUUAGUCUGUGUGAGUGGUAAGUUACCAGAAUGCAACAACAGCCAGAUAUUAGCCAUUCGUAGCUCACUAGAGACAUUGCGAAGUAUUGUACCAAAUGACUCGUGCAUUGAGGAAAUCACUCGUGUGGUGUGUGAAGCACGUAUUGACCAAGACCAAGAUUGUGAUUUAGAAAAGGCUGCUAUGUGUCAAUACGAAUAUGAAGUAGAGGUUACUGAUUUUGACCAAGAUGCAAAAUGCAUAUUGAACAAGAAUCAGGAAGCAUGUGUCAAUCACUAUGUCAGAAAGUGUGAAGAUUCUGCUCAAAAGACACAAUUGCUGGAGGCUUUAGAUGCACUAACAGAAUGUCCGUCUGAUACAAAUAUAACUGCCGACUUUGAUCCAUACCCAUGUCAUUAUAAACGUGAUAAAUGUAACCUUACUGCUGCUGCCACUUCUAGUUUAGAGUUUAUACAUGGAGCUGCUACAGAAGAUUGCCUGAAAGCUGGUGAGGUCAAGGAUGAGAUUCAGACCAAUGUGUAUGGCUGCUUGUCCUUGCCCUACACUGUAGUGGAAGCAGGCUUUGUUGAUGGCACUACUUGUGUAGACUCUAUGACUGUAGAUAUAAACGAGCACCCCUGGGACAAAUGCAUUAAAGAUAUCAUGGUUAAUUUUAAGUUGGAGACAAUAUGUACACAUUUCAAUAACUUACUAAAAUGCUUCAUGGAGAUAGAACCAGCUUCUCCAAUAGACUAUCACAUGAUGUCUGCACAUAUUGAGCACCUUAAAGCUUUUAAUGCAACAUGCAGACAGCCAGAUGAGGAAAUUCCAACAGGUAAUAAAAACCAGUUUUAUUUUAGUCCUGUUUCAUUUUGA